AUGGAUGCCAAUAUCAGUGACCUACAGGCAAGGCUAGAAGUGGCUGAAAGACUCUUGGUGGAACAACUCCCAAAUGUCGCCCGUGAAGCGAUGGAGCACGCUAACGCCACCCUUGAGGCAGAACGCUUGCAGCUUCAGGAGGAGCUGGAUCGCCGCCUGGCAGACUGCGGCAGCACACACGCUCUCUCCAUUGCUGAACUGGAAGCCACUCGUGCCAACCUUGCGGCCAAGUUGGCU